AUGGCAAUUAAACUGCGAUUUAUCCAGGUAAGACAAGAAUUUUCAACUCUGUUAGCCAUGCUUGGAGAUAGUAUUAUGUGCGCCAAUAGCUCGCAAGUUGCUAUUCUUAAUGGAAGUAAAAUUCAGUUUUUUAAUGGCAACUGUAACGAAGUAAAAUCAGUCAAUCUUUGGAAAUGCGAUCGUAACAACUGGAGCAUUGUCAGUAAAAGGCAAAUCAGUAAGAGACCAACCUCCAUUCUAUUUACGCAAGAUUCUAAACAAAUUUUAAUUGCUGAUAAAGCUGGCUUCGUGACUAGAUUAUCAAUUGAUAAUUAUAAUGAAGAAGGGGAUAUAUGCCUUGGCCAUAUUUCCAUAAUAUUGUGUAUGGCAUUAUCUCCUAAUAAUAAAUACCUAAUAACUGGCGAUCGCGAUGAAAAGAUUCGAAUAAGUAACUAUCCCCAUACUUAUGAUAUUUCUGCCUUUUGUCUUGGACAUACUGAAUUCGUAAGUACUAUAGCGAUACUCGAUGAUGAAUUGAUGGUAUCAGGAUCGGGCGAUGGAACAAUAAAACUGUGGAACUAUCUAUCUGGUCAACAGUUACUGUCUGAAGACAUUAAAGACUCAUUACAACAACGUUGUAGUAGUUCUCAAGAUCAGCUGAAGACGAUUAAAGUAGAGAUUGAAGCUAUAAUUGAUCCGUUGGCAUCGGCAUUGAAAGGUGAUCAUUUUCGAGAUUGCUGUAAUGUUGAAUCCUAUCUAUCACAAGUUAAGAGAAAGCGAAUGGAAUCUUUCUCAGAUGAAAUAAGCAAAAAGAGUCGGUAA